UCAAAUUAUUUCCGUGUGGAGCUUUUCAAAUGUCUUUUAUAACAGGAAAAUGUAACUGUACAUACGAGCGAACAAACGAAUAUACUCAUAUCAACAAAACACGUGAACGACACUGGCGUCAAAUAGCGGCUCUCUGUGAAAAUGGCUGAUAACGGUACAGACCUUCCCCAGAAAGUGUUGUCAGCUGACCGCACUGCUGACGAUGACGAAGACCCCUCCAAUAUCCCCCAAGCUGUGGAAUGUCGUGCGGUUGAUUAUGCCAAUGUUUUGUUCGAUGAGCUUGCCUCUUUGUGGGAAAGAAAUUUGUUCUGUGAUGUAAUGUUUGAGGUUAACUCGAACAGGUACAGAGGUCACCGCAUAGUGCUUGCAUCUAUUUCAACUUACUUCCGGCGGAUUUUUUGCCGGACCGGAAGCCCUGUUAUUCGGAUCCGAAACAUGCGAAACGAAGCAUUUGAAGACAUUCUUAAAUUUGCAUACACUGGAACCAUCACGAUCACGCAUUCAAACGUCUUCGAGAUUAUGUUUAUGUGUAAAUAUCUGGAGAUAACAUCACUGAUUGACAUAUGUGUGGAGUUUGCAGUCUGUCUCAUUGACCCUCGAAAUUGCUUUGAAGUGAUGGCCUUUGCCCGUGAAUUCAACAUUCAAACAUUACAUGACAAAGCACUGCAAUUUAUCAUUCGAAAUCAAGAAAAACUCUUCCACGAAUCCGAUGUUUGCAUGAACUCUCUUGAAUCAGUUUUGAUUUUUUUCAACGACAGAACUCGACAAUUGACAAGAAAUGGACUACCGAUUUCGUGGAGCAAGCGUGAGACUUACUUUGUUAAAUUUCUGGAGAAUUUUGUUUGUUCAAAUGGAAUGAACGAAGAGUUUGCAGAAUUAAUCAAGUCUGUAAAUCUUCCUAUUCUUCCAGCCGCCAAGUGGAAAAAUAUCCUUCGGUCACAUGACGAAUUAUUAGGCAACGCACUGGUUCAAUAUUUACUUGAACUUUCCGACUUGCAUCGUCAGGGACAGCACCAUGAAUGUAUGCCCUCUUUCUGGGACAAUGUUCCACAGGGGAAAUGGAACAUCGUUAUGGAUAAACCAACCACACACCCAACAGAGGCUUACGUUUCAAAAGUGUCUGAAUUUAACGACAAACUGUUCACAGAACCGGAUGUUGUUGUGACUUCAAUUGAACUUUAUUUCCGGCCAUGGUUGUACACGGAUGUAAAAACGACAGACGUCCUUGGUGGUAUGAAACUGUCCUAUGAUAAUGGUUAUGAAAUAUGCCAUGGUAUUAAACCGAAGUCGAAUUCAACAAAAAAUGAGCAGUUGAUAAAGGCAUACAAGAUCAGGCUGACGAGAGGGGAGCUCAUCCACACUAUAGACGUGGCCUUCGGGUGGUGCAUCAAUCGACUCACGUUUUACACCAGCAAGGGCAGACAACUCGGGCCGUUUGGAGGGAAAGGUGGAGAUGUGCACAAAUAUAAAUCACCCGCCAAUGGUCAGUUUGGCCAUUUUCAUUGCUUCAGUGGACGCGAGAUAAUGACAUAUGAGAUGUUAGCUCUCACCCACUUACAAAUAGGCUGGGCACAUUUCGAAACAAGUGAUGCAAAUGAAGACCAAAUGGCAGGUUCUGAAAACAAUAUUACAACCGACCAAGCUAGAAGUAACGUGUAGAAGUAACGUGUAGAAGAAACGUGUAGAAGAAACGUGAAAAAGUGGAGAGAUUGACUAUAAGUUCGGUACUGAGUACAUCACACGUACACACUGGUGGUUUACACUAUCUACGGGAUAUUCAUAAACGAAUGUUUUACUACUUCCCCACAACCGCGUAACACGUUGAAUUCUCCAAUAUGUCAUCAAACAUGGCCACCGUGGCCUAUAACUGAUUGACACAUGUAUGGUUGUGUGCCAAUGUGAUGCCAAGUGAUGAUUUUGCUUAAACUUUGUAUGUAAGGAUAUUGUGACAAUGUAAAGUUGACUUUGUAUGUAAGGAUAUUGUGACAAUGUAAAGUUUACUUUGUAUGUAAGGAUAUUGUGACAAUGUAAAGUUUAUCUUUGUAUGUAAGGAUAUUGUGACAAUGUAAAGUUUACUUUGUAUGUAAGGAUAUUGUGACAAUGUAAAGUUUAUCCAAUGCAUCAAUAGCGACCAGAAGGUCAAUUUGGAGGACUUGUUUAUAUUUCUAUAAAACCAGCGUUAUAUAAAUGAGGUCUGCCCAAUGAAACUACUAUGAAAAGCGGGCUGUCUUCUAAUAUUCAUGUUGGGUUUGACCUACGUUUCCUCCAUGGGAGUGACUUUGAUACACUGUGUGGGUAAUUAGCGCCAACGAGGAAAUCUCAGUGUUUAACUGAUAAUGAUCGUUUGAAUUAUCCUGUAUCCUUCAUAGAUUUAUAAAAAAAAUGGAGGGGAAUGAAUUAUUGCAACUGUUGCAGCUGAAAGAAAUUGAAAUAUGAACAAGUCAACACUUUCCACAUGGGUAAGAUUUUUACUUCUAUUCUUAAUCUAAGACUUGUUGACUUCGAUAGAAAAGACAGUAAAAUUCUGACGCUCAAUUUGGCUUAAGAAUAUGUCAACUGUUUCUGCCAUUUUGGUAUUGCAAUUUUUAACACUUCAGAAAUGGGUAUUGUGUACUGCUGUUUUGUUGAUUAUUGGAAAGUGUUUGGUUUCGUGAAUCGACGAAACUUAUGGUGCAAUUUACUAAGAGAAGGUAUUGACGAGACAAUGUUACUAGCAUUGAGUGAAAUGUGAAGCAAAUGAUCACACUUUUAUCAUGCAUGUGAUAACUGAUUGUUUCCGAGAAAUAAAGUUUGUCUCGUUAUGUAAUGUAAAUAGGUGUAGUACUGAAAAACGAUUUUUUUUUAAAAUAUUUAUUUCAACCGAUUUAUGCAGGUCUUUUUUCAGCCUUGCUAACUCAGACACACUACGCUGUAGUCGACAGAGGCAAAAAUGAAACAAAUAUAACUACAUAUAUAUAUAUAUUAUUGCCAAUGAAAGACGAUGGAGUGUUUGUAUAAAACAAAUGUAUUUUGUAUUUGUCAGCAAUAUAUUUAUGACAGUGGCUACUACCAGCCGACUGUUAUUAACCACUAUACCCUCCUCUGCUCCGUACAUUAAGUUUAUUAACAGUUGCAUAUGCGUGGGCGCGAUUCAGAUGUUCUGUUUGGGCGUGUCUUAAAUGUACUGCUAGGACAUUAUACUCACAUAAAUUGUUAAAUGAAAAAAUAACGUGGAAACAUGAACUUCCUAUUGAAAGAUGCAGACACGGUAGAAUACCUAAGACUGUGUGAAAAACAUGAUUCGGGCGAGGUAGAAGUCAAAAUACAUGUAUCCAUGAUUCAGAUGUUCUGUUUGGGCGUGUCUUAAAUGUACUGCUAGGACAUUAUACUCACAUAAAUUGUUAAGCCAUGACUUAGAUAUACUGUGUGGGCGUGACUUAUAUAUAUACCGUGUUGGCGUGACUUAGAUGUACAGUGUGGGCGUGACUUAGAUGCACCAUGCACCAUGUGGGUGUGACUUAAAUGUACUGUCUGGGCUUGACUUAGAUGAACAACUUUGCGGCGCGAGAAUUUGUAUAGCUACACGUCUAUAAGCCCAAGUUUCCUCUGGCUCUGACACCAGAUUUAUUUACAGAAAUGUAUGGUGCCUUUGUUUGUACACAACUGUGCGCUGUUUAUCUUAAUGUAAUAAAUGAAAAAAUAACGUGGAAACAUGAACUUCCUAUUGAAAGAUGCAGACACGGUAGAAUACCUAAGACUGUGUGAAAAACAUGAUUCGGGCGAGGUAGAAGUCAAAAUACAUGU